GAAGUAAAAAAAAAAUUAUGUAGAAAUAAUUAUUUUUUUCAAAUUUAUUAUUAGAAAAAAAACAAAGCAAUUUUAUUCUUAUGUUUAUUAAAAUUUUGACAAUUAAUGUCAAUUAUUGAAGGUUAAAAUUGCAAUGUACUUUCUUUGAUUUGUCAAUGAUAAAGUCGGUAUAAUUGGUAAAUUUUUUUUUUUUUUUUUUUUUCAUUUCGGCUUUUAUUUUAUUUUGGAAAUAAAUAAACAUUUGUCAAUUAUUGUGGGGAAAAAAAAGAAGUAUUUGGAAAUAUGUCUGUUGCUGAUAAAAUUAAAAAUCCCGAAGUUCCAGGAUUGGAAUGUUUAUUACCUCCACCACCGCCUCCGCCACCGCCAAAAAUAACAAUAAAUGAAUCGCAUCCACCGCCGCCAAUGCCUGGUUCACUACCAACUCCAGUGCCACCACCAAGUGGACCAUUUGGAAAUAUAAUAUCAACGGUGCGUCCUCAAUUUUAUCCAACAAUUACGCCACAAGUUCUAAGUCAUCCAACAUCGGCGACACCAUGGUGGAUACCAACUGAUGCCGAUUCCAAUGAUCUUUAUACACAAUGGUAUGCGAAUUCUUAUAAAAAUGCAGCAGCCGCACAAGGAACACCAGUGACAACAACGCCUGUUAUUACACAAUCAUCACAACAACAACAACAACAACAGCAACCAACAUCGUCGCCUCAAGUCGAUAAAAUAAAAGCGAAAAAUAAAUUUUUAAAACGAAAAACCGAACCCAUUGAUCCACGUGCUGAUGCUGAGAAAGUUGCAUCGGCUCAAAGGGAAUUAUCGGCGUUAAUGAAACCAUUGAAGUGCGAUUUAUGCAAUGCCGUUAUGAACUCGACGCUUCAAGCGAAACGACACUAUGAUGGAAAGCCACAUCAAAAGAAAGUGUCAAUGUUUCUUAAUCAAAGUGCCAAAAAAUUCAAAGUCGAUGACGGACAGGUUUCCAGUACGACCGGCAGUGACUGGAACAGUUAUUGCGAGAUAUGCAAAACGUGGUUUACAUCACAAAUGGACGCAGCACAACAUUACGCGGGGAAAAAACACAUGAAAGCUGCGCAAGGAAUCAGUCGACCAAGUCAAAAGAAAAAAAAAGAUAAUCAACCAAUCGAUCCAACUGGACGUUUUGGUGUUGGUGUGCAAUUUUUACAAAAUGAACCGCCAAUACCGGCAACAAUUGCCGCUGUUCCGGUUCCAUUGCCAGUUCCUGUACCGGAAGUCGCUGUUUCAUCGCCUGCUAUUCAUUAUUCACAACAACAACAACAGCCACCACCACCACCUCCACCACAACAACAACAGCAGCAGCAGCAACAACAGCAACAGCAACUAACAAUUUUUCCUCAAACAUUACAUUGCGAUUUGUGUGGUGUUUCGGCGAAUCGCGAGGAUCAAUUGGAAACGCAUAAACGAGGCGCACGACAUUUACGAAUGCUCAAAUUAAAUGGUUUGCCCGUCCCAGAAUCUGUUCAAGAAGCACAAAUUACACCAACAACUGCUGGACCAAUUGAUUAUUCAAUUUAUAGAACGCCAUCAGGACAAUAUUAUUGUGCACCGUGUAAUUUGUCGCUUAAUUCAGAAAUAACAUUUGCUCAGCACAUUGAAAGCAAAAAGCAUAGAAGUCAGGUGAAUCCAAAGGUACAAAUAACGCCUGUGGCGUCAUCGAAAAAGUCACACAAGAAGAAAUAAUUUAAUUAGAGAGAGAGAGAGAAAGAGAGAGAAAAAAAGAAAAAAUUUUCUAAAAAAGAAUUUUUUUUUCUUCUUUUUGCAAUACACAAUAUAUAUAUAGAAGUUGGCAUAUUUUUCCCUAUUAUUGACGGUUUUCACAACACGAUUUUUUUUUCUCUUCAUCGUAUACACAAAAAUUUCACAAAUACUUUUUUUUGUAUAUAUGUGUUAAAUGAAUGUUGAAAUAUUUCACGUGUUCUUCUCCUUCAAAAAGAAAAAGAAAAAAAAAGGUAUGUCACAAUA